GAAGCGAAGCGGCGGCGGCUCCUGUCAGGGGGGCGGCAGGUCCGGAGCGGCCGGUGCUCCCCUUCCCCUAACCCCAGCCCUCUGCCCAGUGCAGCCGGAGCGUGGGUGCGCCCCACCACCGCCGUCACCAUGGUGCUGUUGGCAGCAGCGGUCUGCACUAAAGCGGGAAAGGCUAUUGUUUCUCGACAGUUUGUGGAGAUGACCCGAACUCGGAUUGAGGGUUUGUUAGCAGCUUUUCCAAAGCUCAUGAACACUGGAAAACAACAUACGUUUGUUGAAACUGAGAGUGUGAGAUAUGUCUACCAGCCUAUGGAGAAACUGUACAUGGUCCUGAUCACCACCAAAAACAGCAACAUUUUAGAAGAUCUGGAGACGCUAAGGCUCUUCUCAAGAGUGAUUCCUGAAUAUUGCCGAGCCUUAGAGGAAAAUGAAAUAUCUGAGCACUGCUUUGAUUUGAUUUUUGCUUUUGAUGAAAUUGUCGCCCUGGGAUACCGGGAGAAUGUUAACCUGGCACAGAUCAGAACCUUCACAGAAAUGGAUUCUCAUGAGGAGAAGGUGUUCAGGGCAGUCAGAGAGACUCAGGAACGCGAAGCCAAGGCUGAGAUGCGGCGUAAAGCCAAAGAAUUACAGCAGGCCCGAAGAGAUGCGGAAAGACAGGGCAAAAAAGCACCAGGAUUUGGGGGAUUUGGAAGCUCUGCGGUAUCUGGAGGCAGCACAGCUGCCAUGAUCACAGAGACCAUCAUUGAAACUGAUAAGCCAAAAGUGGCACCCGCACCAGCCAGGCCUUCAGGCCCCAGCAAGGCUUUGAAACUUGGAGCCAAAGGAAAAGAAGUAGAUAACUUUGUGGACAAAUUGAAGUCUGAAGGAGAAACUAUCGUGUCCUCCAACACGGGCAAGCGCACCUCUGAAGCAACCAAAGCGCACGCUCCGCCUAUUAACACGGAAAGUGUGCAUAUGAAGAUUGAGGAGAAGAUCACAUUAACCUGCGGAAGAGAUGGAGGAUUACACAAUAUGGAGUUACAUGGCAUGAUCAUGCUUAGGAUCUCAGAUGACAAGUUUGGCCGAAUUCGUCUUCAUGUGGAAAAUGAAGAUAAGAAAGGGGUGCAGCUACAAACACAUCCAAAUGUAGAUAAGAAACUUUUUACUACAGAAUCUCUAAUUGGCUUGAAGAAUCCAGAGAAGUCAUUUCCAGUCAACAGUGAUGUAGGGGUGUUAAAGUGGAGACUACAGACCACAGAGGAAUCUUUUAUUCCGCUGACAAUUAAUUGCUGGCCCUCAGAGAGUGGAAAUGGCUGUGAUGUCAACAUAGAAUAUGAGCUACAAGAAGAUAAUUUAGAACUAAAUGAUGUGAUUAUCACCAUCCCGCUCCCGUCUGGGGUUGGUGCACCUGUGAUUGGUGAGAUCGAUGGCGAGUAUCGACAUGACAGUCGACGAAAUACCUUGGAGUGGUGCCUGCCAGUGAUUGACGCCAAAAAUAAGAGUGGCAGCCUGGAGUUCAGCAUUGCUGGGCAGCCCAAUGACUUCUUCCCUGUUCAAGUUUCCUUCAUCUCCAAAAAAAAUUACUGUAACAUACAGGUUACCAAAGUGACCCAAGUAGAUGGAAACAGCCCUGUAAGAUUUUCCACGGAGACCACUUUCCUAGUGGAUAAGUAUGAAAUCCUGUAAUACCAAGAAAGAAUGGAAGGGAAAAAUUUCAGAUUAAUAAAGAAGAAGCCAACGGCGGCUGAAGAGUUUUUUCCAAAUCGACGAGCCACUGGAGACCCUUUUUUUCUGAUACAGCGCACGAUUCUCUAUGUGCAAGGACCCUCAACUCACCCCCAGUGUUUCAGCGUCAACAGAGACAUUCUUUGGCAAAGAAAGACCCAGGCAUAAAGAGAAAGGCUGCUGAUUUCUUUGGCAGAUUUUACUGGCCAGCGGGAAAGCAAGCUCACCAGACAGUGCCCCAGUUAACCACCUCCUCUGCCUUCACCUAAGCUGUCCUUUAUUUUAAUCCCUAAAUAUAGUUAUAUUUCAUACUUUGUUUUAAAAAGUUUUAUCUGCAUAUUUGAAUCUUUCGUACAUCUUUUCUUUACCUUCAGUUUUGUUUUUUUUUUUUUAACUCAGUCAAGCAAUGGGAUCAUCUGUGUAUAGGCUUUGCAUUUAUUUGGCACUCUGGAACAAGUUGAUCUAAUCCAGUCUUGAUUGUUGGAUUAGACAGGCGAGCUCCUUAAGGAGUAGGAGGCUCAGAAGUUAAAAGAUAAGGAUAUCUUACGUGCUUUUCCCAUGUUCCUUCAUCCCUCCGUUCCUUUGCCAGGUUUUCCUCUUAGGCCUGUUACUCUGGUUAGAACAUCACUGUGAAUCCCACUUGUGUCCAGGAAUUAAAGACAUCUGAGAAGCAGCUUUGAAAUGGCACGGUCCCUACUUCAAGAUGCCUAGGAGGAGAAUAGUUAUGUCUGGCUAGGAAUUUCAUAUCCACAGAUAAUCAUGUUUGCUGCUGGUGCUACCCAAGCUUCCAGUUCUCAAUACUUUGGGUACUUCAGCUGAAACACCAUAAAUAGCUCGUGGUCUUUGUAAUGCGUUCACAUGCCUUGAAUUCACCACCUCCCUCUUUGUGAUUGCUGUUUGUUGCCCUUCCUGUCCUCUCUGGCAGAGACAAGGUUAUGGUUGUGGAGGAUGGAGGCUCGAUGAGUCUUUUUGCCACUCCCGUUGCUCCUGAGCUAUUGAAAAGACUCUCCAUUUCCACCACCAGGUUUUUAGUGUUUCAAGAGGCAGCCGAUACACUGGUAUGUAGGGUUAGCUUAUAUAUACCCCAUUUUUUUCCAGCCUGCCCAAAAAAUUUCGCCAGCCUAUCCCUGUCUCUAAGACCCUUUUCUGUCCUAAUUCUCAGCUAUAUCUCAUCCAUUACUUUUCAGUGGAGGAGACUGUACCAACCAGCCCCACGUUGAUUUUUCACCCAGCGUUGUGUUCGUCAUACUCACUACAGUUGGCUGGAGAUGCUGCCAGGCUGCAUCCACCAGCAGUGGAAAGAGAAACAGUUGUUGCAGAGGGUGGCCUGCCCGUUCAGCUGGCUGGAGAUGCCACUCCCCUUCUGAAUAGCAUUUGGCCUUCCCUGCAAAGAGUGUAGUCACACCACACUAAUGGCCAUGGGUGGAAUUAUUUGCCAAAGAAACUUCUAGCCUUUCCCUUUCCCCUAACUGUAUCAGGGAAGAUUUCUUAUCUCUGGCUUGGUUUCCAUGCGAGGUUCUUUUGAGGAAGGGUACUGGGACAAGAAGUCUGUCGUGUAGUUAUAGCGGUAAGAAAUCGUAUUAACCCGGUUUUGUUUAAGAGUUGCUUGUCCAUAUGAUUUUUCAAAAGUCAGGUUAUAGUUUCACAAAAACUUUUUUUUUUUCCCGGAAAUUACUUUUGGGGUAAUAUUUAAAAUGAGAGACAUUUUGUAACCCUGUAAAAUACAUAGGGAGUAUUACAUUCCAGUGUACACAGAGAAGGCAAAUUCUUUAAUCAAAUAAAGAGUAUUAUAAAAUGAAA